AUGGUAACCUUUAGGAAUGGACAAACAGGAGUCACGGGACUCCAGAUCGACAGCACCACUUCCUUCGGUUUUGAAAUCUCAUGGUCGGUGGUUGGAACCUGGGACUACUACGUCAUUACUGCCUCUCUAGAAUCUGGUGAGGAAGCCCCUGGAUAUCCUAUGAACACCACCUCAAUGUCUGCACAACUGAUCCAUCUGUACCCUGAUACAGCUUACGAUAUUCAGGUACUACCUAACCUGAACGAUGGAGAAGAAGGCCCAUGGGACUCUACAUCGGGCACAACUGAUGUCUCCCGCAUAGAGGUGACGGUAAGGAGCGAAACCUUUAUCAGUGUUGCUUACACCUUGCCCGAGGGCCAGCCGUCUUCCAAUCAGCAAAUAAGACUUGGUCAUUUCGGGAGUACAUUGCAGACUUUUGAUAAUCAGCCAGUAAAUAAUAUGGGGAGCAUCAUCUUCAAUUCAUUUCCCGCUGUCUCACCGGGAGAUCUACUGUACGCAUCAAAUGCUCCAUCGAGUGACUCAACCAACUACUUGAAUGAGAUCCACUUCAGAUAUCAUCCAAAUCCCCCCCAGAAUGUCAUGGUAAAUCCAUCGUCAUGCGAUGCUUUUGAAGUGACCUUCGACCUUCCAGCAACUGGUGGCAACUAUGACGGAUUUAAGAUCCGUGUCAACGACGGAGUGCGGGAUACUCUGAUGGGCAGUGCCAAGACAUUAGUGAUCAUCAACGGUUUGGCCCCAAGUACGCCGUAUACGUUUAAUGUGACGUCUUUUGUGGGUAUCGGCGGGGAUGAAGCAGAAAGCGAAAUCUUCAGUGACACCCGAAUUCUAGGUCAAUACGACAACAACGAGACCUACGUCUCCAGCACCAGCAACACCAAUCUUCAGGUCAACUGGCUGGAUGCUGCCACCAACGGUCAACAAGUGUGUCUGAAGGAACUCUGCAGCACCCUACGAGGUGACACGCCCAUGUGUCUCCCAACCAACCAGACGUGCCCGCUGUUCUACACCUUCGAGGGGCUGGUACCCGGCAGGAGAUAUGUGGUCUUCGUAGAAUACAACGACCGGACAAUGGAGGAUGUCAUUUUCACGCAAACAAAACCGAACCCUCCAGAGUCCCUCAGCGCUACUGCUCUUGGUUCCGAUGAGAUUAGAGUCCUCCUCUCCCCACCCCAGGGAGAGUUUGACGGUUACGAGCUCUCCUUCUCUCCUUCCACCGGCGGUCCCAUCUUGCUCGAACCAGACACGCGGGAGCAUCUCCUGGACAACCUCCAAAGUGAUACUACGUACAACAUCCAGGUGUUUGCUUAUAGUGGAGGCAAUGGACAACGGCUAGAGGGUGAUGUGAUCUCAACAACAGCCACUACUGACGAAGAAAUUCUGGUUGCUACGAACAUCCAGACCAAUCAGAUCAUCGUCUUGUGGUCAGCGGAGAUGCUUGAUGUCAACUCCUUCCAGACGUUCAGACUCUCGUAUUCCUCUUCGAUGGAGUCUGAUUCAAUCCUCAUCCCCAAAGACGCCUUGACUACCAGCAAUGAGUACGGCCAUUCAGUCACAGACCUAGUACCAGGAGAUCUUGUCACGUUCAACCUUGAGACUGUCACGUUAAGUGGCCAGGCUACUUUAGUAGACACCAUCGUCCGCCGAACAAAGCCUGAAAUGGUGUCAUAUUUUGAAGGACAGACCGAUUCAUCAACAAGCAUCCGGCUGCUGUGGAGGGCGCCAUCUGUUGGCCUGUAUCGGGGAUAUCUCGUAUCGUACUCGCCAGCCAACGGAGACCAGAGCUCGUCCAUAGAAUUAGGGCCGGAUGAAGAAGAAUUGACCAUCACUGGACUUCACUUUAACCGGGUGUUUGAUGUCAGUAUUAGGUCGAUCAUGGGGAAAGAAGGCACCUACGUUGAGAGUGACCCAGAAUCUGCCGAGGUUACAACAGGCUAUGGCAAAGAAAACGAGGUCAAUAUCUACGACCUAACUUCAACGUCUGUAUCCUUCACCUGGUGGGGGACUGGAUUGGUUGAAUCCCCCAUCGGACUCAUGCCCAUCGGAAGCUGCAUGGCGGAAGAACCACCUGAACAGGAUGUGCCUUUUUUUUUAGAGGCGACAUUUGACGACCUUAUGCCUGGUGCCAGAUAUGCUAUUUCCGGCAUUGGUGGAGAUAAUGUAGAGUUUAUAGCAUUGCCUGACCAAGUAAGCAACAUUGUCGUGAAAUUCAUCAACUCUAGUGCUGUCAGCUUUAGCUGGACGGCGCCCUCUGGCUGCUACGACCGAAUAGAGAUCAGUUACGCCCCCGACACCUGCACCAACCCGUCACCAAUUGUGCUCAAUCAGGAUGAAGGCAACGAGUACACUCUGACUCUUCUACAAGCCAACGAGGAAUAUCACUUGUCCUUUGUUACCCUUCAAAUGACAGCCAGGAGUGAACCCUACGUAGCCAGCGUACGCACAACAUGCCCUGAAAAGGAGAAACUCAAUGUGGGCUCUGUACAGGCAGACAGCAUUUCCCUCACCUGGGGAAACACUACCCAGGCCACUGCAACCGGUUUCACACUUGUGGCCACGCCCGAAUCUUCCACCCCCAUCAUCAGGGAGCUGGAUCUGUCUGUGUUAGAAUACACAUUCGAUGGAUUGAUGAGUGGAGUGGAGUACACUGUAGUGCUCUAUGUAAACGGCACCGCAAUCACUGAUACUGUCACACAGACUACGUGUCCAAGUGAAGCCCAGAAUGUGACUGUUAUCUUCUCUACCCAAACUUGCCUGACCUUCACUUGGCUUCCACCAGAGGGGAACUUUCACAGCUAUAAGGUUUUUGUCAGACAUGGCAAUCCUCCAGUGUUUGUCUUAGAGCGAACUGUUUAUCCAGAUGAUGAUCUGAAUGUGUUGGUAGAGAACCUCGAUGCCAGCACACUCUACACCAUCGGUGUCGUCACCGUUGUUGAUGGAUUUAAGGGGAAGCCCGCCCUCGCCACUCAGCGAACAACUGAUAAUCUUGUGAUGAUCUCAGCCGUGCCUGGUGAUAACCAGGCUGUGACAGUCUCUUGGCAGAGACCUGAUGACGCUGACUACGUCAACCUGGUUUACAUUCCGGAUAUCGGCAACCUGACCAAUAGUGAUCUGACCAACCUCACUGACCUCUCGGUGACCAUCCGUAGCCUGACCCCUGGCAAGAGAUAUGUCUUUAUUCUGUAUGUUCAUGGCAUGGACGGACAAAGCGCUUUGCUAGCGCAGACUUCAUAUUCUCUCAGACCAUUGAGCCCAGUACCUUAUAAAGGAAGAACUUCUGCAACUACUUCUACAGCGGGCGUUAUCCUACGAAAAGGAGUGUAUGAAACGUACAAGAUUACUAUAAGUCCAUCAGGCAGAACUUUCCAGGGUGACAGAGCAAGAAUCAUCAAUCGGGACAUAACAGGGCUUGAACCCGACACAGAGUACACGGCCACUGUCACUUUCAAGACCGGUGAUGAAGAAGCAGAAGCAGACUAUCAAUUUCAAACAGGCAUGCAUCUUGUUAAGAACUUUUUCUUCUAAUAUACUGGGAAGUCCAACCUGAUAAAAAGUUGGUUUCAAUAGAAGCAGAAAACCGAGAGGAACACUUCCCCUUUAAAGCUCAUGCACGGUUUUAGUGAGCUCUCAAACUUUUUGUCAGAUAUCUUUAAUUUUAGAUGAUAAAUAGGAAGAUAAUGGCUUUAAUAAGCUGCUGUCAUUU